AUGGCUAAAAACGGUCGUAAGGAAGUGGACCAGCGUAGGGGUGAAGAAAAAAAAGAGCCACAAGUACGAGAUGAACAACAAGAAGCUUUAAGAGAAAAGGCCAUCAAAAAUAUGGCUAGGCGGCCAGACUAUGGAAAAUCCGGUCGUUCCACUCACGUGCUUACGAAUUAUUUCGAGAUCAAAAAGACGGCGAAUAAGUCAUAUCUUGAAAAAUACGAGAUCACGAUGAAGCUUGUGAUCCAACAGAGACCUGAGGGAGAAGCUAACCAAAGAAGACGUGCCCCAAGGCAGCAAAAACAACUUCCUGUAAAUGUGCAACGUGCGGUAUUUCAACAAUUAGAAAGACAGGAACGUAAUGGCUGGUUCAAAGGAGUUGGUGUGGUUUUCGAUGGUAACACGACUCUUUAUUCCACCGAUUUAUUAAAGUUAAAUAAUUCCGAUUCUGGGAAUACAUUGGUUAGUUUAAGUGAUGAUCAGGACUCCAGGGGAAACCCAAUGGAAUAUAAGGUUGAAGUUCAGAAACUUGACAAGGUUGACUUGGAUGAAUUGAAAAAAUGCCUUGAGGGUACAGAAAUGAAAUGGGAAUAUUUCGACUUAG